AUGCCAGUAUGCCACUAUGGCCAUGAUACCUCGAUGAUUCCGGCCCACAGCUGCUUGAAUGCUUCUGCUGCAGCUGCCGCUGCCGCUGUGUGUAGUGUCGAUCAUGAGAUGCUGCGAACGAGCUUCGAAUGGGACGUGGAGAGAUCAGCCUUUUCUGCCAACGACAACACCAAGGCGGCUCUCCUAUACUUUGCAGUUCAGCGCAGAGUACGUGGAAUACCUCGUCCGCAGGGGAUAGGUCAGCGCUGA